CAUACGAGGCGAACGAGACGAGCCAUGCUCUAACAUGUAUCGGUCGGAGCGCUGGCCGGAGGAGGAGUCCCUGUCGCGGCGCUCCUCCCGGCGCAGCAGUGGAGGCAGCACUGCAGGCGGCACCGGGCGGCGCGCCAGUCUGUCGCCACCCGCCGCCGCCACGCCGCGCCGCAACAAGCCGCAACACCUCGACUUCCUCGUCACCGGGAAACAGAUACUCAAGAAGAGUGACCGCGCGAGCUCCCUCCCGGGCGCGUACCACCGCCGCCUGUCGUCGGAGGGCAGCAAGCCGCGCAAGCUGACCGACUCCCCCCGCCGCGCGCCCCGCCCCCCGCCCGCGCCCUCCAAUACUAGGGACACUUCACUCGAGGACCAUCUCUCAUUGGAUCUGUCGCAGAUCCAGGCGCUGGCGACGUCGACCCCGCGCCCCCCGCGCCCCCAGGCCCGCAGCGCGUCCGUGCAGAGCGCACCACACCGCAUGCGCCGCGCCCCCGCCCCCGCCCCUGCGCCCCUUGAGGUGGAUUAUUCCUCCGUGUCCCCCGAGUACUCCGGCCAGUCCUCCGCCGAGCUCUCGCCCUCGCGCGGCUCACGGGACCAACUCGUCUCCAGUUGCUGCGUGAGCACGUGGCCGGAGUGCAGCGAGACUGACACGGCCGUGGAGAGCGGCGGGGGCGCGGGGAGCGCGGGGGCGGGGGCGCGCGCGCCCUGCGACGGCGAGUGGUGCUCGUUCUGGGCGAACUACAACAACUCGAUGCCGCACGUGCCGGUACAGAGCUACUACGACCAAUGUCCCACGCCGUACCGGACCGACACCCUCGACCUGGCUGACUUCACGGAGCCCAGCCUGCCGGCCGAACUCGACAGUCCGCGCCGCGCCCCCGACCGCGACCUGCUCGGCGACAUCAUCCGCCAGCACGGCCUCACGCUGUCGCCGCGCGACACGCAGAGCGUCAUCAAGUGCGCGCACCUGCUGGGCACAGUGCUCGCGCGCGCCAUCGAGCGACAAGCGCGCAACAAGCGCAAGCACGACAUGCGCCUCGACCUGCAGGACACCGCGCCCCCCGCGCCCCCCAGCGCCUCCGCCACCACGCAGACCGACAUAUCACUGCCCAACACUCGCAGCGCGCCGCGCAUCUUCGAGAACAUCCUGCGCCAACUGUCGCGGAGCUCACUCGACGUCGACAAGGACAAAGACAAGGGCGAGGCCAGGCCGGACGCGGGCGCAGACACGAGCGCGCAGCAAGCGAGCGGCGACCCGCCGGGCGACCAGUGACACACUACUCGUGCACUAGUGUGCUGUGUGUGGACUAUGUGGAUAACUUGGAUGUGUAUGUGUGUGUGAUGUACUUGUGCUGACUUAAAUAUAUUAUUGUUCGAACUGUGACUCGUGUGUUCAUUGCCCCGCGUGUACACACACAUACACACAUACAGCCCGCCGCCGCCGCGAGUACACGAGCGCCCGUGAGUUAUUACCGAUUAUGGCGCCCUGUUCUUAGGUGGGUGGAAAGUCAUCAAAUGACUGACUAAAAACCACCCUGUUUCAACAUUUGCUUAAAACUGUUUCUACACCUCACGUGGUCCGCCCGCUCCGUAGCUACAGCAUAACUGCUUCGCAGAAGGAGGAGGCAAAUUCUCAGUUCACGACCGCAUCAUGGUAUGACUGAACUAGUACUGGGCGCAAAACUGCGUCAGUACUAAACAGUAUAGUGUAGUGACAGACGACAAAGACGUAGUAGAAGACAAAGUGCCAGUGUCCGAAGAGGGUUUAAGGAACAGAGAGUAUAGUUCCCUAAGAUCGGAAAAGGAGGAUCCUCCGACCAGGCGAGGUGACCGUGUCUGGCGGACUUUCUGCCCGACAGUUGGUCGUUGGGAUUCGGAUGUAAACUGUAUAUGUGCCAUGUAGGAUAUUGUGACGUCAUCAGUUGAUAACUUUACAUCCAUGUGCGUGAGCUGUCAUCAUGACAUGUGUCGCCACAAGGGCAUUGCUUCAAGAAUUGCCAAAUACCUAAUUACCUUCGCCGCGUUGUGACCUGGUGGUCCUGUACCUGCUCAUGGGAACUGACUCGAAGAAAUGAACUUAAAAUCUUCGGUUUAUUGCCUUUGUCUGCUUUACUGGCGUGAAAUGUGCAAAGUCAUCAAGGAAUCUGAUGUCAACUACAAGUUCUCAAACGUGCCUUGUAACCCCGAUCGGCAAAGGCGGCCCUCAAGUCAGCCAUUUAGGGGUAGAAACUAAUUAAGGGGUAGAACCCUCGGCUUAUAACCUUUUAACACUACUAUCCAUAUAUAUCUAUGACAUAUGCAAGUUUGUAUUCAAAAAUAAAGAUAAUUUCACGAAAGUAAAAGACACCCAUAAUGUAAAUACCCGACAUAAAAACAGACUGUACCUACCACCAUCUAGAA